AUGUUUUGACUGAUUUUGAGUGAGAUGCACCAGAAGACAAAAACUGAAGGAGAAUAUAGUAAAAUUACAGACGAGGAGUACUUAGGUGCUACAAAGUUAGAGAAAGCAGAAGACCCCGAAGAUGAAAACAUUGGAGUUCUAACAAAAUUCUGGAGGAGCAAAGGAUGGCUCAUCUGAUCAAUAAUUGCAUCAGCAUGUUUUGGAGUGGCUUCAUUCUUUAUGGGAGAAGUGAGUAGAAAUGGAAUCGUUGCUAAGAAUCUUCUCUCACUUGGAUUCAUGAUAAUUUCAAUUAUCUAUAUGGUGAUCGCGUUUACCCUAAACUACUUUAAUGGCAUUCGAAUCUGGUCUUUUAGGGAUAAUGAUUGAGUUUUUGAAGAUGAAAAUGGAGUCAAGAGGUUUCACUGGUCAUAUUUUAUUGGAAUGAUAUUAUCCUCCCUGGGAAAUGUAGUCGGAACUUAUUUUGUAGCAAUGACCUUCCAGUAUUCAGAACAAGCUGGUGUUAAUCAAGGAGUAAUGUCAACCCUCUUCGUUCUAAGUGCAAUCUUCUGUGCCAUAUUCGCAUAUAUCUUCCUUAAUGAAAUCAUGGGAGGAGCAGACUAUGUAGGAAUGCUAUUUAUGAUUGCCUGUGCAGUUCUUCUGAGUUUAAGUCAAGUAGGAACGGACGAAGGAGAAAUUACAGGAGGUAUUAACAAAGAAAGAAUUUCAGCAUUUAUUCCUGUACUUGCAGCCACAGGUUCCUCUCUGGGAUUUGGAGUUAGAAGUGUUUUAAUAAAAUAUUUUGUGAUGAAAGGCUACAAUGUCUACAACUUUGCAAUGCAAUCCUUGUUUGUGGAUGGACUGAUUGGAACUAUUUACCUGAUUAUUCAAUACAUCACAGUUGAUGGAUUAAUUACACAACAAAUCCUUAUUCCAGGAGUCUUGUCAGGAUUGAUCGCAGGAUUUGGAACCUUUUUGAUCAAUUAUUCCAUCUCUGUUGGUAUUGCAGGGCCAGCUUCAGCAAUGGCUAAUCUAGCUGCAGUAUUCCAGACAAUUCUGGAUUAUUUCAUUUUGGGUCAGGUACUGAACCUACUCCAAAUUUUAGGAUUAUUAAUUGGCCUAAUAGGAGCAAUUGUGCUAGCCGUUGGUGCUUCAAUAUUUGUGGGGAUGGUAGAGUUGUUCAAACCCAAGCAGGACUAGUACAAGUACUCAGUAAGAAAGUAUAGUUUU